CGUCAUGGAAAGAGUUACUUUGUGUCGAGGCUCUGAGGAAUAAAGCUGGAGAAACAAUACCGGCUCGCCUCACAGGAUGGUACGAAGCGGGAGAGGGUUGUUUUUCGCGGUGCACGUGUGGUUAUUCUUUUAAAAGGACCGAGUGAAGAUGCGCAGGAAACCUGUUUUAUGAGGAAGUUUGUGUGUGAGCUCUGAAAGAAGGAAAGCAGGGAAUGUGGAGCUGCCUUCUCAUCAUGCACACGGAUACCAGGACACCACUUGGGAUUAUUUGCACCCAGGACCAUUUCCAGGAUCUGUAAUGUGACCAAAGUGUGCCAGGUUUUGGUGCACUUUUUUGUGGAGUAUUCAAAAGCCUCCUCCGUCGGUGAAACCGGUUUUGAAACUGGCUUGGAAAGAAUUGAAAUCUCUCCAUUGGGUGUUUAUGUAGUGCAUGUUGUGCAAAGUUGUCUUAAAAACAACUGUAGAGUAAAGGGUGUUUGCAUCAAUGGGCUAGGAAUCUCUUAAGGCGUAUUUGAGCACACUUAAAAGUCAAAAGCGAAGCAUUAAAACCUUCCAGACUGAUGGUGCUGCUGCACACCUGAUCCAUGUAAUGUGAGAUGAGUUGAAAUAUGAACUAACAGAUGUUUCCAACACAGCUGCUAGGCACCAUGUGCAUGUAGAUUGGUGUUUUUUUUAAUUUAAUUUCAACUGGAGAGUCAAGAUGUCUGUGAAAGCCAAAGCCCUCUACACGUUCCAAAGUGAAAACAAGGAGGAGAUCAGCAUCCAGGAGAAUGAGGAGCUUGUCAUUUUUGACGAGAAGUCUGUGGAUGGCUGGUUCCAAGGCGAGAACAGCCGAGGGGAGCGUGGCCUCUUCCCGGCAUCCUAUGUGGAAAUCAUCCGCACGCGCUCCAACUCCAACGUGACCGACUGUUCCAUCAGCCCGGCGGGUUCCUUAGGGAAUGACUCCUAUUACCUGCCAUCCGCUCCCAACACCACACAGCAGAGUUUCUAUGACGACGAUGAUGAUGACUGGGACGACUGGGACGACAGGUCCACUGUGGUGGACGAUGCGGAUCAUGCCCGGAGCCCCGGUGCCAAUGGCCAUGCCCACCAGAGCCCGUUGUCUAACAACCCCAAUGUGCACUACCGGGCCAAGCCGCCCAUGGAGAGGCAAGACAGCAUCUCCAGUGCCAGGAAGGGCAGCAUGGUGGGCCGCAACUUGAAUCGCUUCUCCAGCUUUGUGCGGUCUGGGGUGGAGGCGUUUGUGCUGGGGGAUGUGCCCAUGAUGGCCAAGAUAGCUGAGGCUUACACCAUCGAGAUGGUACCCCAGGGACCCUGCUGGAAGGACAGCCCGCAGCCUUUCACCUGCUCGAUCGAAGACCCCACAAAGCAAACCAAGUUUAAAGGCAUCAAAACCUACAUUUCCUACCGAGUGACGCCCAGCCACACGGGGCGUCCGGUGUACCGGCGCUACAAGCACUUUGACUGGCUUUACAACCGCCUGCUGCACAAGUUCACCGUCAUCUCGGUGCCUCACCUGCCGGAGAAGCAGGCCACGGGGCGAUUCGAGGAGGACUUCAUCGAGAAACGCAAGAGGCGGUUGAUCCUGUGGAUGAACCACAUGACCAGCCACCCGGUCCUCUCCCAGUACGAAGGUUUUGAGCAUUUCCUAAUGUGUGGCGACGACAAGCAGUGGAAGCUGGGGAAGAGGCGGGCCGAGAAGGACGAGAUGGUGGGGGCGCACUUCAUGCUCACCCUGCAGAUCCCCAACGAGCACCAGGACCUCCAGGACGUAGAGGAGCGGGUGGACACCUUCAAGGCCUUCACCAAGAAGAUGGAUGACAGCGUCAUGCAGCUCACGCACGUCGCCUCAGAGCUGGUCCGCAAGCACCUGGGCGGCUUCAGGAAGGAGUUCCAGCGGCUGGGCAACGCCUUCCAGUCCAUCAGCCAGUCUUUCAUGCUGGACCCACCGCACAGCUCGGAGGCCCUCAACAAUGCCAUCUCCCACACGGGGCGCACCUACGAGAACAUCGGGGAGCUGUUCGCAGAGCAGCCGAAGUUCGACCUCUUCCACAUGCUGGACACAUUAUCGCUGUACCAAGGCCUGCUUGCCAACUUCCCUGACAUUAUACAUCUACAGAAAGGUGCCUUUGCGAAGGUGAAGGAGAGCCAGCGGAUGACGGAUGAAGGCAAGAUGGACCAGGACGAGGCGGACGGCAUCCGUAAGCGCUGCCGGACGGUGGGCUUCGCCCUGCAGGCGGAGAUGAGCCACUUCCACAAGCGGCGCGAGGUGGACUUUAAGGACAUGAUGCAGGCGUACCUCAGGGAGCAGAUCGCCUUCUACCAGCGUGUGGUGCAACAACUGGAGCGCACGCUGCGCAUGUACGAAUGUCUUUAAGGACGCGGCGUCCGCCAAAAGGACCCAGGACGCUCAUUUUGCGGGACGUACUGUCACUAAAUGUCUGCAAUACACGUCACAUAACAGGCGGCGUCACAUCAUAAUUUAAAGUAUUACCACGUUAAGGUAUAGGUUUUUAAGUCUUACUGUUCCUGUAGUGGAUUGUUCACAUGAAAGAAACGGGUUCAGUCCCCUUCUCUCCAGCGUCAUGCACUUUGACUGUACUUUUUUCAAACAUUCCCACCCCCAUAUGUGGUAAACACUUUCUCUUUCCUGUUUGUUUAGACUCCGCCCAUCUCCCGUUAUCACUCACGUGCCUUCAUGUUGCCACCAAGCUGCCCACAUUGAUUUAUCUCUGAUAAAUCAUCAAUCAACUAUUUUGGCACCUUAGUCAACUUACCGUGGUGGAAACACAAACGCAAGGGUACCAAAAACUGAAAAAAACAUUUUGAGGGGGAAAUUCACACAAAUUUUGAUGAUGGAAGAUUUAUGUAGUUAUCCCAACUAUAAAUUAUUUUGGCACCCAGCCGUCAUCUUGAACUGAUGGGGCAAAAAAUGUAGGUACCCAAGAAAGGGCGGUAAAAGUGGUAUCAUACGAAUAAGCUAUUUUGGUACUCCUUUCAACUUGUGAUGAUAGAAACACAAACCGUGCUUGGUAUCCCAUGGAUUAUGGAUUAUUUUGUAUUGUUUUGGUAUUCUCCCUCAACGCAAACAUGUUGGUACCCUAUCACUGUGUUGUGUGUCCCAAUGGCAGGGUGCCAAAAGCAGUUAUUUUGGUUCCACUCACAACUAAAGGGUGCUAAAAAGCAGUAUCGUAUGAAUAAACUAUUUUGGUACUCUUCUGUGCUCCUCUUUGGUACUUUGUGGUACCCCUCCCUCUAUGCUUGGUGUACCAAUGACAGGGUGCCAAAAAGUGAUACUUAACAACUAAGUUAUUUUGGUUCACUCACCCAACUGGAGGGUGCCAAAAAGUGGUAUCAUACGGAUAAGCUAUUUUGGUACUCCUUCUCAUUUUGUGACGACGGAAACACAAUCUGUGCUUGGUAUCCCAAUGGUAGGGUGCCAAAAAGUGGUGUCGUGGCUCCGUUAUCUCGGUACUUUUCUCAACUUUUUGGUUCGCUUGCCAAGUAAAGGGCGCCAAAAAGUAUCAACUAUUUUGAUACUCCUUUCGACUUAUCGUAAUGGCAAUGCAAACAUUUUGGUACCCUACCACUGUGCUUGAUGUACCAGUGAUAGGGUGAUCUCACAUCAGUUAUUUUGGCGUUAUCGUAUGGCUUAACUAUUUAGGUGCUCUCCUCUCUUCUUCUUUGGUACUUUUUGGUACCCUCUCACUGUGCUUGAUGAAAAGGUACCAAAAAGUGAUACAUCACAGACUAGUUAUUUUGGUUCCCUCAUUCAACGGGAGGGUGCUAAAAGGUGAUAUCGUACAGGAGAACUAUUUUGGUACUCUUAGGUUAAUGGGAACACAAACGUUUCGGUAACCUGUCACAGUGCUUGGUGUACCAGUGGAAGGGGGCCAACAACGGGUACGUCACAGACCAUUUAUUUUGUUCCCUUCCUCAACUACAGGGUGCCAAAAAUUUGUAUCGGACCUUUUAUUUUUUGGGUUCCCCUCUAAACUACACAAUGGUACUACAUAGGGAUGCUCCGAUCAGGGUCUUAUACUGCCCAUUCCGAUACCGAUCAUCCAGGACUGAAAUCGUCCGAGACCAAUACUGAUCACAUGGAUUCAUGAUACAUUUCUCAAUUUAUUUAUGAUGAGUGCUAUCUAUGGGGGUGCCGCAUAAAGGGGAAGGGUCAGCACAGUUCCAAGGUCCCCUGACUGCCAGAUGGCCCACUAAUAAAUUAAUUAAUAGAGGGGGGGGUCAAUGUGAUGUUUUCACAGGACCCAGAAUUCCCGGCUGCACCGCUGCUACUGGCUACAUGACAUGAAAAAAAGGAACCAUAAAAUCACCUUAAUUUAGACAAAAACAUAUUUUGCUUACUUUUUCAAGAGAACACAACUUCCAGAGGAUGAGACGCCUUCUUUAAGGAGACCUUAGGUGUACAUUGGUGGAGCUCGAGCAAGACUUCCAGGUAAGUGAGAGAGAGCACUCUGCGAACCCGGUGUCUUCCACCGCUGAGAAAGGCUGGUCAUCUCGUCCGAAGGACUCAAGUAUUUUUCGGGGUAUUAGCUUAGCCGUCUGACUGUCACGCACAUACGGGGCGAGUGUUGUCCAGCGUUUUGUCUGCGUUAGCUGCCGUUUGACUGAUGAUCACACCGUGAGACUCGGUAGCUCACCGUACUCUGUCACGUGUUUGUUCCUCAAAUGCCGUCUUAAAGCUUUUUAGCGUGCUGCCCCCUCAAGGUAGUUUUACAGCAUGUGUUGGCAGUUAAGUUCCAUACAGCAGACAUGAUUGUUUUGGUUUUGGCACACCUGCGCACUGUGAAGGAAAGUGGGAGGAGCACGCCUAAGACCUUAGGGCUAGACACUAUACUGCCCGCAUGAAUCGCUGCGGCCUGCAAUAGUGCUAGCCACAGGUGAUUGGCUUUAGUAAUCGGCAUUGAAAGGCAUUAUCAGCAUAUGCUGAUCACGUGAUUUUUCACGGAAAUCGGCCGAUACUGAUCGGUGGCACCCCUUGUCUUUUGGUACUUUGGCAUAGUGCUUGCUUCGGCAAUGGAAGGGUGCCAAAAAGUGAUGAUAUAUGAAUAAGCUAUUUUGGUUCUUCUCUCAACUUGUGAUGAUGGAAACACAAACUGUACUUGGUAUCCCAAAGAAGGGUGCCAGAAAGUGGUAUCAUGCGGCUCCAUUAGUUUGGUACUGUUGUCGACUUUUGGUGGAAACACAAACCUUUCAGGGACCCUAUCACUGUGCUUCGUACCCUAACCGUAGGGUGCCAAAACCUGAUACAUUACUCAUCUGUUUUUUUCUUUUUCUUUUUGGGCAACAUUCGAUGAUGGAAACUCAAACAUUUGGUUACCCCUCAGAAUAAGGGUGCCAAAAGAGUGAAUCCACUAUUUUUGGCACUCUUCUCAACGUGUGAUGAUGAAAACGCAAACCUUUAGGUGCCCUUUCUCUGUGCAAUGUACACCAAUAGGAGGGUGCCAAAAGUGGUAUAGCACAAAUUCAUUAUUUUUUAUUUUUUUGGCAUCCUUCACAAAGAAGCACAAUAACGUCAAACCAUACCCAACAAUGUGCUGCUUGAUGGAAACAAAAAUUGUAAUGUCUUAUGGACAAAGUUAGCACUUUUGCAAUGCUAACAUGUCAUUAUGUGUGCUUGUGUGUGUGUGUGUGAGCUUUGAGCGAGUAAGGGUGCUCUCAUGGUAUUAAUUAGCCAAAACGUCGUGCUCAUGCGUGACUAAUUCCCCCGAUCCAAGCAAGAAUCAGUCUUGUUACAUUCCAUCUUCGGCGUCUUGGAAAAAUUGCUGAGUGGUGUGAAAGACGUGGUAUGUGUUAGAUGGUCAGUGUGCUGCGGUUCUUUGAAGCCUCGUCUCGCCAUUUCCCAAAAAGUGCUGAUUCAGGUUCCUCCGGUGAACAGAUGUGUUUGUGGGUGCUCUUCGGUUUCACUUUGACUGUCCCUGUCCGUGUGGGGCCUUGGUGUCAUUUCCUCCUUUCUACUCACGUCUUUCUAUCUCGCACUUUCUCCCAAGAGUCGGAAUUUUCCGACAUGAGGCGUCUUUUUCUGUGCUGCUGCUGUCUUAUUUCUCUGUCUGCUUUCGUAAUUGAAUCUGUCCUCCUUUGUGUGAGGGAAAAUGUGCAGGCAGGCAAGUGAAAAAGACUGAGAACAAAAAGAAGAGUCUAUGAAACAAAAGGUGAAAAGGCCCUUGAAAUAAAACGCACGCACGUUGGUGGACGUUCCAAAAGCUGCACUGAAGCAUUUCCUGACAUGGUUGAAAAGGUCAUUUUCUCACUUGAUUCAAGGGAAGGGGACAAACAAGUUUUAAAUAAAUAAAUAAAAAAAUGAGGCUACUGGUGUGAAUGUGUCAUCUUUGCAGCAAUUGCAGUCCGGCCACUUCAUUAGGCACACCUACACCACCUAAUGACCUCCAAUACAAAAAAAUGGAGGGUUUACUAACAUAAUAAUGCUCAUUUUAAAUAUUUUUGUCAUUCUUGUGCUUGUAGUUGAGCGUGUUUUGCAUAUUCUCUUCAAACUCAAAUGAUCACAGCCAGCGGCUGGUCAUGUUUGGGGCUCUGGCAGGUUGUGGAAUGCAACUUGAGGAGUGGCGUGGCGUCAUUUCGCUGGCAGCAGGAAAUGUCAUCAAGUUCAAAAAGGCAAAACUGACUGGAGGAAAUUCGAUAAAUGUUUGCCUUCUUGUAUUCCCAUCACUUGCUGCAUUUCUUCCUCAUAAUUGGCGCUAUGUAGCAACGCAAAGGCUGUAAAGUGACACCUUGGGAAUGUUCCGCACAUUUUUGAGGCGUUCUGGUAAUGGCAGACACAUUUUCAGGGGGCGGGGCAUGCUAUUGGUAGCACACACACACCCACACACACACACACGCACACACGGUGACAUGGAAAAGAAAAAUGGAAAUAAUCAGUUCCAGGGUCAAACCAGAACCUUUAUUAAAUGUACAUGCAGAGUUUUCGGUGACAUUUUCUUUUUCGAAAUGUCACACUGGCAAGGAGAAAGGACAAGUUAAUGCAAAAUUGACAUACAUUUAUAAUUAAAUUAAUUUAAAUUUUUUUUUAUUAAAAAAAUUUAACAAAAAAUGUAUAUAAAAAUGCAGAAAAACUACAAAUGAGUAAUUCAACAAAUGAGUACAGAAAA